AUGUCAGCUGUAAAAAGGGUGCAGCAAUGGGCUACAUUUGCCCGUACUUGGCAUGUUUUCGAUUGCAAAUGGCAAGAUCCUUAUCAAUCUGCUAAAACUAUUAAGAAGUAUUUGAUGGGCUUGCACAAGCCUAUUUAUCAUCCUAUGAAUGACUGUGGAGAUGUCGUUGUUUGUAUAAACAGCCGUGAAAUUGCAUUACGAGGCGAUGACUGGAGGCAACGAGCAUACUUUCAUCACACUGGAUAUCCAGGAGGAGCAAGUUGGACAUUAGCGUGGGAGUUGCAUAAUAAAGAUCCUACCAUGAUAAUACAAAAAGCUGUGUACAGAGCUCUGAAAGGUAACCUUCAACGACGUCAUACUAUGCAGCGAUUAUUUAUUUAUCCUGGAGAGGAUAUACCAGAAGAUAUAAAGCAAAAUAUCACGAACCAAAUUCGUCAAAUUCGUUUAGUACCAACGAGACUCGAUCACAUACCAGAAGAGGAGGUUCAAAAAUAUCCGAAAGUCAUGGAAUAUCCAGAAGAUUAUGUGCUUAAA